UGAAUUGGGCAAAGUCUGAGGUGCCAAGUCACAUUCUCAAGUUUGUAAACAAAAAAUGUCGUUUUCUGAAACUGUCAUGCAAUUCUUGCCACGGCGGUCAUCCGUAGCCCUUGUCAGCGACCAGAAAAACGGAGAAAUUUCCAUCUCAAAGAUAGGAGAUCUAUAUGACCGGUCACCACCACACGUCCUAGCAAUAGCUCUACAGCCAUACGGGGGACGGCAAAACAUUCUUCUCUUGCCUCAGCACAGCUUGUUUAUUCGGAAUCCCUUGAACAGCUGCGACUGCAAACACCAUGAGAAAGGAGAUCAUCAUCCGGAUGCAGCCGGGCUCGGACAAAUACCACAAGAGAGCUCUCAAGGUGGCCGCAACCGUCAGCGGAGUGGUGUCGAUCACGGUGGCCGGCAGGGACAGGGAUCUGCUGGUGGUCAUCGGCGACGGCGUGGACGAGAGCCAUCUGACCAAGAAACUGAAGAAGGAAGUCGGGGAGGCCGAGAUAGUGCAGCUGCGGACGCUGCCCGAAGGCACCUCGGCGUCAGGGUAUCUGCCGGGCACGUCCAGGGACGUCGUCGGCGGACAGUCCCGGUCGCCGUACCACUUGCAUCCCACGAACACUCCCGGCCGCGUCACGUACCCGGUCUACGCGCCGUCGCCGGCGGCCAAUCCCGGCGCUGCACGGUGGUCGGGAGACCACAGGCAAGCCGAAGCGGGAUACUAUCCCAGUGCGUCCAGCCCGUCCUUCUACCACGCGUCACCCGCGGCAGGGCACAGCGGGUACGGGGGCAGCAGCUAUGCAAGCGCGGUGGCGUGCAGCCACCCGGCGAACUACUCCCCGAUGAUCGAGCGGCACCGGCACGACGACAGGAGCUGGCGUCGGCACCACGGCGGGGGAAAGCCCAGCUGCUGCUCGAUACAGUAGCAGUCGUUUCCAUCGUGGUGCCAAUGUUUGCCGUUUCAAGUAUUUCAAAUGAACCAACCUGUGGCACUACGAUGGAAACAUUGGCACUAAAUUGUGGUGUUCUUUGGUUCAUUCGUACUUCUUCCUUGAAUUUGAAUUUAGUGCACAACGUUAGUUAGCGGCUU